UCAACUCUGAUCUUCAACCCAAAAUAACCAAUUCAACCAAACACUCUUUUCUCUCUCUAACUCUUUGUACUUAAUUGCAUGGCAACUGGGUUGUUGGGUCAUAAGGUAGCUGAUCUCUGCCUGGGCAAGCCAGCGCUGAGGUCACUGUCGGUGGCGUCGGGCAGCGUGGGAGACGCCCUGGCGGCGCUCAACUCCGGCGAGGACGCCGCCAUCAGCGUGUGGAGCUGCGACCACUCUCCCGGCGGCGAGAACAUAGGUGCAGGAGGGUGCGUGUGCAUUGGGAAAAUCUGCAUGGUUGAUAUCAUCUCUUACCUUUGCAAAGUGCAGGAAGAGGAGGAGAAUCUUUCUUCCCCUUCCAAUUCUUUGGGUCUCGCUCUUGCAGCACCGCUUUCUGUCUUGCUCUCUCAGAUCCCUGGCCCCAUUCCCAUUCGCCACGUCCAACCUUCUUCCAGCAUAGUAGAAGCCAUUGAUUUGAUGGCCCAAGGUGUCCAGAACCUUGUAGUUCCUAUAGAGAGAGUAAGAUCAUCAUCAAGAAGAAAAUUUGUUCUGCAAAAGAAGACACCUUCAACCAUCACAACCAUUCAUAACGCCCAGGAAUUCUGCUGGUUAACUCAAGAAGAUGUUAUGAGAUAUCUUCUGGGCUCAAUCGGCCUUUUCUCGCCCCUCCCGGCGCUCUCCAUUCACGCGCUGGGGGUCAUCGCCGCCGACUUCCCAGCCGUCGGGUACCACUCCCCGGCGUCAUCAGCUCUGAAGGCCAUUCACCGCUCCCUCGCCGAUCAAACCUCGGUGGCGGUGGUGGACGACGACGGCGUUCUCAUCAGAGAGAUCUCCCCUUCCGCCCUCGCCGCCUGCGACGAGACUCUGGCGGCCGCCGUCGCCGCCCUCUCCGCCGGGGAGCUCAUGGCCUACAUUGACGGCAACUCCUCCAGUAGCCAGUCGUUAAGGAUGAGCAGAAGAGCGGGGGCCAUCGUGUGCCAUCCCGGCAGCUCUCUGGCGGCGGUGAUGAUCCAGGCCAUCGCAAAUCGUGUUAAUUAUGUUUGGGUGAUUGAGGAUGAUUGGAGCCUGGUCGGAAUUGUGACAUUCUCCAACAUCUUGCGGGUUUUUCGUCAGUAUUUGGAAGAAUCUCAGACCUCAACUUCCUCACUAUAAUGUUAAGUUUGGUGUUUUCAAGGAACAUUGCUUUCUUUGAGUAUCACAACUCAACUUCAAAAGCAACAUUUUCAAUCUUU